AUGGGUGAUGCAGAGAACGGAAAGUUAUUAUUUAAAAAAUUUUGUACAAUGUGUCAUACGUUUGAAAAAGAUGGCAAACAUAAAUUAGGUCCUAAUCUAUUUGGAAUCGUUGGCAAAACAUGUGGCACUACGUCCGGAUUCGCAUACACGGAAUCUAUGAAAAGGAAAGCAUGCACGUGGGAUGAAAAUACAUUAGACACGUAUUUGGAAUUUCCCAGAAAAUUUAUUCCAGGCACCAAAAUGGUAUUCGUUGGUAUUAGAAAAAGCGAAGAUCGCAAAGAUAUAAUAGAAUUUUUAAAAACGUUGAAAUAA